CUCGCCUUCUUGCCGUCAAAAGUGCUCCGUCGUUGGUCGUUUGAGGUUAUCCGCUGCCCCGUGCUGUGCUGUGUGGCAUUUUCACCUGCUCUCCAGCAAGGAAAAGAAAGGCUAAAGUCCCGUUUUUCGUGCGUGUUCCGCAAAUUUCAAUCUUUAAAAAAUGGCCCCACCAGCAUACUCAGAUCUCGGCAAGCAGGCCCGCGAUGUCUUCAACAAGGGCUACCACUUUGGCCUGUGGAAGCUGGACGUCAAGACCAAGACCAGCUCGGGCGUUGAGUUCAACACGGCCGGCCACUCGAACCAGGACAACGGCAAGGUGUUCGGCUCGCUCGAGACCAAGUACAAAGUCAAGGAGUACGGACUGAACUUCUCCGAGAAGUGGAACACAGACAACACCCUGACCUCGGAGGUGUCCAUCGAGAACCAGCUGGUCAAGGGACUGAAGCUGUCGUUCGACGGCUCGUUCGCACCGCAAACCGGAAGCAAGACCGGACGGUUCAAGACUGCCUACUCGCACGACAAGGUUCGCGUCGACGCCGACGUCAACGUUGACCUCGCCGGACCGCUGGUGAACGCCUCGGGAGUGUUCGGCUACCAGGGCUGGCUCGCCGGCUAUCAGGUUGCAUUUGACUCGCAAAAGUCCAAGGUUACCGCCAACAACUUUGCCGUCGGCUACUCCACCGGUGACUUCAUUCUGCACACCAACGUCAACGACGGCCGCGAGUUCGGUGGUCUGAUCUACCAGCGAUGCAACGACCGUCUGGAGACCGCCGUCCAGCUGUCGUGGGCCUCGGGCUCGAACGCGACCAAGUUUGGCCUCGGCGCCAAGUACGACCUGGACAAGGAUGCCUGUGUCCGCGCCAAGGUUAACAACCAGAGCCAGAUCGGUCUGGGCUAUCAGCAGAAGCUGCGCGACGGAAUCACUCUGACUCUGUCGACGCUGAUUGACGGCAAGAGCUUCAACACUGGCGGACACAAGAUCGGCGUCGCCCUGGAACUCGAAGCCUAAGCUGGAGGAAAAUCGUGUUCGUGUUUUAACAAACAGAUUCAAGUUUAAAUAUCUAUUGACAGAGGGCGAGAGAGAUACAAAUAAAACAAAAACUAAAAAACACACACAAAAAACAAUGGAAGUAAACUACCACGUAAUAGUAUAAAAACACAUUCGCAUCAUGAAGAAAAGACAGCGGCGGCGGCGGCGGCAGCACACGCGUUUGUCUCGAGAAGCGCGCGCGCGUUUUGACCAUCUCUUUUCUCUCUCGGACGGUGGUUGUUAUCCUAGCAUACCACACACACAACUACCCGGAGGCGCGCAUCCGCAACCAGCAGCAGCAGAAGCAGCAGCACACUAUCGCCAGAAGUAAUAAAGUUAUGAAAGUUCAAUCUGAAAAAAAAAAUCAAAUAAAGAUGGCAAAAUACCAGGAACGGAAUGUUCGAAAGCUUGUUUUUGAUCUUUAGAAGAGAAAUGAUUGGCAAACACCGAAUCCGGCGCAUGAACAAUAGAACAAAACCAACCACUUGUGUAUCAGCCCAAAAGGCAGAAUCUAACAAUAACUUGUUUAGAGAAUUAGACAAAUUUUGAGCAACUCGAUCUAACGAUAUCACUUGAAACACGCGCGCACACACCUACUAACGCAGUUACAACGCCUCCGAAGCACCGGUUUUAACUUUCCGCAGUCCGUUACUCGACGACGUACUAGCUAGUCUAUAAACAAUAGCGUAGGUUAUUUCCUAAUCAUUUCACGCAAACGUAACGGUAUUGGGUUCUGAAUUAAAUGCGGCUCGCGCCGCUUAUUUGUCAACUGGGCGUACGUGUUGGUGCAACGGUAGAUCUGUUUUGUAACCGAAGAAAGCUAACCUCCAAAUCUCGUGAAAGAGUUCCGUCACUGUCCCAGUUUAGUCGGUUAAUAGAAAUAAAGCGCAGUAAUUGAUUCCAUGCCUCA